AUGUCGUGGCGCGUGAUCCUCUCGGCCAUCUUUGCCGUGCUCUUCGCGACAACGUUCGUCGCCUCGUCUGGUGGCUCGAUGACGGGGAAAAGCCGCGUCAAACCGAGUGAAUUGGACAUCGCGUUUGCGCGCUACGGGAGCGAAGAGCCAUCUUUGGUGAACGAUCGAAAAUAUAAAAUCGAAGACGAUUACGAAGAGUACGAGUACGAUCACAACAGCGGGCGCAAAGCGGACGCGAUAUUCCGCGGCGCGAGAAGUACGGCGAGUCAUAAAAAGAAUAAGAGUACCAUUCACGGAUCUCCUUCUCCCUUGGAAAGGUUGAACGCGAAACUCGGCGGGAUGGUAUGGCCGUUCGAUGGACCAAAACCGAGCGGUGGUAAAGAAACAGUGAAAGGAUCGGUGCCAUUUAAAUUGAGCAAGUUAGGUGCGGACGACGGGACGGGUACGUCCACUGCUACUGGGGUAGAUCCCGGAACGGCGAACGACUUGACCGAAGACUCCGAAGCCGAAGUAAGCGCCGAAGAAGCGGACGAGCAAAAGAAAAUGGAGAAACAAAUCGAACACGAAGAAGAGGUAAACGCGACCGGUUUAACUGCACCAGCUAUAGACGAUGACGUAGAUAUUUACGAUCCGGCUUUCCACAAUCCGCAGAAGGAGUUUUUAUCCGCGGAGGGUAGAAAGCGAUUGGAGGCGUUUAGGAACCCACCAAAUUUGAACGAAACGACUUUAGAUACCGGUAGGUUGCGUAGGUUAGGUAGAACUUUAUACUUAGACGGGAAACCAUGGUUAAUGCGCGCUGUGUGUUAUUCUCCAGUGCCAGUAGGAGCCGACCCGGAUUGGUUUGAACCGUAUGGGGAUUAUUUCACGUCCAACUACGCCGGGAUUUUUGAACGAGAUAUUCCUCUCCUAGCCGAUGCCGGUGUGAACGCGAUUCGUAUUUAUACGUUGAAAUAUUCUCACAGACACACGCAGUUCUUUGAUUUGUGUCACCAGUAUGGGAUUGUUAUUAUUGUUGGUUACGAUUUCGAAGACGGAACCAAGUCGUUCUUCAACGACGAGGAGUCCAUGACGAAAGUCCAAAGAAAACUUAGAUCGCAAGUUAGAGCCGCAAAGCACCCAGCCAUUGGCGCUUGGAUUGUAGGAAAUGAGUUGAAUGGACCGUGGAAUUUGUUCGUUUGCGAUAAAGAUUUAGCGGAGAACUUUGGCAUCAGCGGGUGUCAAUUCGAAGAUUCCAUCGAAAAGUUGAUGAAAUCCGUCAACUUGUUGUGCUCGGUCGUGCGUUCCGAAGGUGUCUUGUGCGGAACCGCUUUAGCGAACGUGAACUUACCGAGGACAAAACAACACGUCGUUGGGAUGCAAAUGUGGGGGGCACUAGCGUGGAUUCGUUAUUCAGACGUGUGGAUGGACCAGCUCGACUUCUGGGCGGUGAACAUGUACACGCGGAGAUUUUGGUCGCCGCUCACUUUGUUCAAAAAGUAUCAUUUAGUUUCCAAAAAGCCGUUCAUAGUUUCUGAAUACGGCGUAGAUGCGUAUAAAUUAGCUCCACAACACGAAGGAUGGAACGGCUACGAUACUAUGGGCGAAGAAGACCAAAUUGCCCAAGCCGAUUGGACGACGUCGAUGAUUGAAGAUUUAGAAAAACAUGCCACGACGUGCGCGAGUGGCUGUGGCACGCGAUUCGUUACCGGUGGAUCUAUUAUGGCGUGGGUGGACGAGUAUUGGAAGGGAAAGGCAGUCACCGCUGUGCCGACCACGGAUGAAAGAAUUCCAAUCAUCGAAAAAGUCUGCCCGAGUUUGAAAGAAAAGUUACACUCUCCGUGCGGCUACAUGUCGCCGACGCAGCCAGAUUUAUACACGUCUGAGGAGUAUUUCGGGAUGAUGGCGGUAGAAAAAAGGUGCAAAGUGAAUCACGUUGAUUUACUUCGACCGAGAGCGGUUUACUUCAUGUUAAAACUCCUCUGGAAAAAAGGCGGCACGUGUACGCCGUUUUACGGCGGUGAGGAACUUCAAGCGUACGAUCCACUCAAAUUUCCAAAGUGUGGGGAAGCAAUCAACGAUGCGCACAACGCUUCCGUGCACGCGUUUGCACACACGGAAGCCGAAGCGUGGCAUCAAAUUAAAUUGAAGCCGGGACAGUUGGUGCCGCAGUUUGCGUUUUUCGAGAACUUUUCGGCCAUUCUGUCGCAUCCGCCGGGGCUCAUUAACCCGACAGCCGUGUCGUUGCAGUCGCCGUACUUGUCUUGCCACCACCAAAUGUUGGUGCACCAAAAGUCACCAACUGUGUGUCCGGCACCGCCGACUUUCGCGCUCGACGUCGAAGGUUUUAUUGCAAAAGAAAACUCGACGUGGACGCAGCCCGGGGAUACCUCCUGCCCGGGGACCGACGGAUACGAUUUGAACAUGCUUGAUCUUAAGUUUCAAACGUGGCUCAAACUUAUCUUUAUUGGUUACAUCAUCAUUGCUCUUGGUUUGAAGCGAAAACAGUUGGGCAGAAUUUGGAGAGAUGCAUUUCACGCGCUGGUGAGAGCGAAGACGCCGGUGUUCUCGUGGUUUUCGAAAUCGCACGAACCAGAAGAAAUUGAGCUCACCAAAAAGGCGGCGCAAUCGACGAAAAGUCCUCCUUCUUCGCAAAGGUUCGCCGCCGAUUUGGCUUCUGAACCAGCCACGACGAGUGGGCAAGAUUUAGAAGAAUUAGAAGGCGAAGACUUGACGCGCCGCGGUCCGGAGCCAACCGGAAAGUCUGAAAUUGAACGCGCCGUGACGAAAUGGCGGAACAAAAUCUUGCCUAUCGCGCAAGAACUAGCGUCAGUCUUUGGUUUCCAAAGCGCCGGAGACGAUAACGUUGGUGCUACGGUUGAAAACGUCGCGGAUCGAUUAGCUGGUCAACUUUGGAACAUUGGCUCGACCGAGGAAUCCAAAGGCAAGGGUGAAGAUUUUAUCAUCGAAAAGAGAUAUGCGAAGUCGUUUCGAAACUACGUUCGAUGGCGUAACUUUGUUGGUGAUUUAGGCAUUAUGCACUCUGGAUCGUUAGAGUCACAAAUGGGGCAGAACAAGCUGAGAUCGCUCGUGCUCUUUGAGUGCAUCGCGGACGAAGCCGCAAACUGCCGCGGCAUGCCUGAAAUGAUUGCAUUUCUUUUUCACGUGUGUUCCAACGCUAUCACUGCAAACGGGAAGCCAGUGAACUCAAAGGUCAUGAAGUUUGAGAAGGGAGACUUUGUUGAGUCUAUCAUUAUGCCCGUGACGGAAUUCCUCGCCACGCAAAUUCGUUCGGAUUUGCGCGUGUACCGUAGACUUGGCUACGACGAUAUCAACGAGUGCUACUUGAUCCCAAGUAAGUUAAAGCGAAUGACAACGAACGAUACUGGGGAUGGAACGACGGUGUCUUACGUGAACUACAGAAACUACAUGCGCCGGGCACGCAUUGCAGCGGAAAUCGAUCAGACGCUCGGCGCAGUUUUCGAAAAGACGCACAACGAAUUUCUUGGAUGGACCAUGGUCCUUUUGAAUUUCCACAGAAUGUUCACGUUCAUGACGUGUGCCUUUGCAUUUAUGACUAUUUACUUGUUCGCAGGUUUACAGUGGCAAUAUUACUCGUUCCUGGCAGGCGUCGCGGCUGGAUGUGACUUUUUCGUUGAGUUGCAAGUCCUCCUCGUGCACCGUCGAGAACUCUACAAGAGCAAGACUAUGAGCAUUGCAAAACUUGCAAUCGCUUCUGCGGCGUUGAUUGUAACUGGUUUGACUGCUUGCGGUCUCUUUUCUUUGACCGUGUUUGCUCCAAUUGGAUACGCGUACAUCGCGAUCAGUUUAAUUGAUUUUAGUGGACUCGUUCCGAUGGGUGGCCAAAAAGAAUAUUUAGGCACGAAAGAAGAUGUGAGCACGGAUAGAAGCGACAGCUUCCGGUAUCGUCUCUUCUGGAUCGUCGUAUUGGCGGCUAAGUUCUUAUUUGACUUCGUAUUCAUCCUCUCGCCGCUUGAAAAACCAACCAGAGCUAUUUUACAGCUCGAUUUGUACUGCUGGGGGUACGACUUUGCCGGCGAAGACUGCGAUCAGUACGAUUACAGCGAUAUGUUACCAGAGUUUAUGAUCCACAUCGUCCGCAUUUUCCGACGACACACGUACAAGUACCUUGUCGUCAUUCAAAGAUGGCUUCCGAGCACUCUCUUGUACUACGCGGAUACCUUCUUCUGGUACCUCAUCGGCUUGGGUAUCGCCUCAGCUUUUGAUCGUUUGCGUUGGAAAGGCGUGGAAGACGGAUGGUCGAAAGUUGUUCGCGAGCUUCCGCUCAAGAUUGCCGCUUUUGGGGAGAAGAUUAUAUCCACUCAGCAGCUCAAGCCAAUGCCGGCAUCGUCGCCUUCGACACAUUUAUGCGCGGAAGCUGCUUCGGAGCAGUGGAGAGAAUUUGCGCGUGCCUGGAACGCGGUGAUUAAAUCUUUGCGCAAGCGUGAUUUAUUGAGCGACGAAGAGCGCAGCGCGCUUUCGUUUGCACCACUGAAUGGAAAAACUGUGAAGAGUUUCCUCGGUGGUGAUUCUGAUACGUACGUGUUAUUCCCUACAAUGUUAACCGCGCCGGUAUUUUCGAAAGUUGGCGCAGAGCGUAACGCGAGCAUGAAAUACGCCUUGUUGGGAUCAGUCAUGUCGCAAAUGAUUGAUGUCUCGGCGUUCAUGUUUGUUUGUAUUUUAGGCGUCGUAGAUUCGAGCAAACGCGCAGAGUUUUGCACGUUGUUGAAGUCAGCGACGGAUCUGAUGGGCGUCGUCGUUCGCCGAGAGUCGACGCGCGCGCCGAAAUGGCUCAUCGAUAUUCGCACGCUGGUCCACGACGGUAUCAAGUUGAUUCGCAAAGCACGCGACGAUGAAGAGGACGCCUCCGGCAACUCACUCGUUGAGGCGUGUAAAGUUUUCAAGCAAAACAUUGAAAAGUCGAUUGAAUUGAUCAAGAACGAUAUCGUCGCGGAUGACAACGAAAAGUUAUCGGCAGCGCACAAAGAAACCAACGUCGUGUUGGGCCAGGUUUGCGAUUCGUUGUUGAAGGUGCUCUCGGAUUCGACUAAAUUAGAAGACGCGUCGCACGUACGAUCGCGAGUGAAGCCUGCUCUGUUGACCGCUCCAGGUAGGCGCGUUGUCGACGUUCUUCACAGAACGUUCUCCACUGCGAAUCCUACGGGGGAACCAGAUUGCGCGGAAGCUCGGGAAAUUUUAAGAUUUUUCUUGGAAUCUCUCACCGACCCGCAAUUGCAGAAAGCCAGAAGUGUCUUACAAACGCCGGCCUUAUCCACGCUCACUCCCAUGUACGUCGAAGAAGUUGAAUUGACGACGGACGAUUUGAGGGAGCAAAUCGAUGGGGAGAACGUCUCCACGUUUCGAUUUUUGACUACCAUGCUUCCGCGCGAAUGGGCAAACGUGCUUGAACGAACAAAUUUACGUUUGCCACACCAAAACUACGAAGCGUUCUUGGAUGAACUCGCAGGGAGACGCGAGACGAACGCGGAAACGGCAGAGGAUGUCGCAGUUCUUGCGACAAUCUCGCGUUGGGCGUCAGACCGUACGCAGACGCUCUCACGCACGGUGAAAGGCUUCUCCUCUUACGCAGAUGCGUCGAGAAUAUUGGCGAGACUGGAAGGCAUAAAAGAAGAAGAGAUUGAAGCGCUCGUUCGCUUGAAGUACGAGCACGUGUUAUCUUGCCAAAUGUACGGCGUUAAAGGCUGGGAAGCCAAGGAUAAACAAAUUGUUGAGAUGUGCAAGGCACAUCCACACACCGUACUCACGCACUACGAGCAGCCCGAUUUGGCGGCGAAGAGUAUGGAAGACGCGGGGAGCUAUUAUUACCUGUGCCGAUCUCGAAUCGAUUACGAAGAAGAUCCUGCCGGCAUUAUGAAGCUCACGCAUAGAAUUCGCUUACCUGGAAAUCCGAUCGUCGGUGAAGGUAAGCCAGAGAACCAGAAUCUCGGGAUUGUUUACGCCAGAGGGAAUUACAUGCAAACAAUCGAUAUGAAUCAAGACGCGCAAUUAUCUGAAGGUUUGAAAGUGCGAAAUCUUAUCCGUACUUUCGAGGAUGAUGAUGAUACUGUCAUCGUUGGUUUCCCCGAGCAAAUGAUCACCGAACAGAACGGUUCAGUCGCGCAAUUUUCCGCUUUGUCUGAGCAAGUGUUCGGUACAAUGGUUCAGCGGUACAUGGCGAAGCCGCUGUGCGUGAGGUUCCACUACGGUCACCCGGACGUUUGGGAUUUGGCGUGGGUCCGAUCGAAUGGUGGUGUCUCGAAAGCUACUAAAUCUUUGCACUUAUCUGAAGAUAUCUUUGGUGGUAUGAAUGUCAUAUUAAGAGGAGGGAAAGUGCGAUACGUAGGUUUCAAGAUGGUUGGUAAAGCCAGAGAAGUUUCCUUUGACGGCGCGAACCAGUUUCACGCGAAGAUUGCUACCGGUAACGGUAUGCAGCUCAUUUCGCGUGAUUUCCACAGAUUAUCAAAGUCCUUCGAUUUCUUAAGAGGUCUGUCGUUUUUUCAAUCCUCCGCGGGCAUAAUGUUCACGGAAUUUGUAUUAUUCGCGUCACUUCUUGCGUUCGUAGUGACCAAACUUAUCAUAGUUAUGGUGCACGUCGAAACGUACUUCAAAUCUGGAGAUGCGUUCGAUAACAUUGGUUUCCACGAGGAAGUCGGUACGCACAAUAUAUAUCCAUCGCACUGGUUUAUUCAAGCGUCCUUUGUUAUGGCUUGGCCAGUCAUGUUAGAAGGCUGGCUCGACGGCGGCUUUGUGAAUAUGUUUUCCAAGCUGUAUCACCACACGAUUACCGGAAGCUUUAUUUUCAAUAUGUUCAUCGCUAAAAUGAGAGGUUUUUCAUUGGACAGCUCAAUCAAUACCGGUGAAGCGGCUUACAUGAAGACUAAGCGUGGCAUGACCAUGCGCGCUGGUUUCGUCAGCUUGUACUCUAAGUACGCCGAAAGUCACAUCAAACCGGCUAUAGAAAUGGCAUGGGUGGCGGGGGCUAUCAUGUCGCUCUCUUCGCUCGGUCCUUUACACGAAUUCUUCUCGAGCACUUGGCACGUCUGGUUUGCAAUUUGGAACUUAACUAUGGCACCCUGGUUAUUCCAUCCGCAAACGUUCAAGAGUGGCAUGAUCAAGUUUGGUAUGGCUGAGUGGGUCUGCUGGUUGGACUCUAUCCCUCGAGGAGACGACGAGCGCACGGCGAAGGAGAAAGUCAAUGCCAGACGCGGUUUGGGGAAUAAACCAACGUGGUGGACUUGGCGCGCAGAUACGAUGCGUAACUGGAGAAAACUUCCAAUGUCUGUAAAGUUUUGGCACGUGUCUUUGAGACUCGUUCCUGGACCUAUAAUUGUUUCCUUGGCCGCGGCUGCAGCGCUGAACGUCGGAGAUGCCUCGUCUACCACUGCGCUGCGUCCAAUUAUUAUCUUGACUUCUGGUGUUGCCGCUGGAUUAUUAGCGGCGGUGUAUUACUUUGCCUUAUCGCCGCAGUUCUUGUGGCCACACAGAUUAGUGUCUCUCGCGAAGCGAUUUGCUGGCAAAGGUACGUUAUCUGAAGUUACGAAGCAAUCCAUUGUCUUGAUUUACGGCUACUUUUUCAAAAUCGUGUGCGUGGUUUUGCAUCACUUCCUCUGUCAAAGAUUGUUUUCGGCGCAAAUGAAUCAAUGGGAUUUCCUUAAUGCCGUUGUCUUCGCAAUAUCUGGCUACGUGUUCAUCAGCUGCACUUCAGCAGUCUUUGGUCUCAUCUCGGAUCAGCCUCCAAGAGCGUUCCGAGGGCUCAUGUUGUCCUUUCGCUCCUAUGGUGACUUCAUGGCAAGAGAAAUCGAUAUCAUCAAUGGUACGAUUUUGCACAUCGUCUUGCUCGUUAUUGGUUUGUUUCCAAUAUCGUUCAUACACGCUAGAGCGUUGUUCAACCGCGCGUAUGCGGCCGUGUUGACGGUUGAAAUGCGCAGACGAGAGAUGAUUGCGUCCAUCAACCGAUCGGACGUGUCCUCGAGAGCGCGUCAAAAACUCUCUGGAUUUAAACUCUUCUUCAGAAAAGUUAUCGGCUUGCACGUGAAGUCCAUGAAAUAUAAACGUCCGGCACCGACGGUCUUGCCAGAUGUGCCUCGCGAUAUGACCGUUCCAGGUUCUGGGUCGGCCAUUAAUCCGAGAUGCGAAGAUAUCAAGAAACGCUUGAUGCCAUUAUUCGAACAGCAAGCUACUCUUUUUGGAUUCCAAAAGACGUGCCCUGAUUCGAGCUUCUCGGAAACACCAGUUGAAGUGAAAUCGAACAUGCACAAUGCACUUGAGAACAUGUCGCGAUGGGUUGAAAACACCAUUGCCACGUAUUCCGACGAAGCUGGUAUCUCCGAAGACGGUUUGAGUGAGGCGCAGUGGGCGGAAGCGAUCAACCACUUACACGGCCACAUGUUCUUAAACUUCAAACACUGGGUGGAUUACACCGGUAUGCUUGAUCAAGCACAGACAAACGCGGACGUGCAGGCAUUCGAAAUCGACAACAGUGGUUCGGAAGAGAAGAAAUCCCCGAUUCUUGCGCUCUUCAUGGCACAGCGCAAAAGUAACGAAGUCUUCUUCAACAACGUCAAUCGGGAAGAGUUCUUGAAGGUGGAAACGAACGCGAAAGCCCAUCAUUUGGCGAUUUGGUUUUUGCUUUACGGUGAAUCCGCUAAUUUACGCCACAUGUCUGAAGUACUCUGUUAUCUCUUUCAUUGCGCAUUAUGCGCAGUUACGCUCGAAAACCGUUCAGAAAGAGAUCCCGAGACCAACGCGGAACUCAUUUUGGCGCAACCAGUAAAGGGGUCUGAAAUGCCAUACAAGGAGUGCGAUUAUCUCAACAACGUUGUCACUCCGAUGUACUUAUUCAUGCGCCGCGAGUUGAAGGAACGCGCGAAAGCGCCAAUUGUUGAUCGGGUCAUGUACGAUGACGUCAACGAGUUCUUUUGGGAGUACAAUAGGUUCAAGGAAGUCAUGCCUCCAGUGGACGGCCAUGCGAACGAGGACGUCGAGAAACGCGAAGCUGAAAUGCCAGAAGAGGAAAAGCAGAACCGACAACCUGAAUUUAUUGGUGUACCUAUGGAAAUGCGCGACAACCCACUUGAUCAACGCAUGUACGCACAUUUCAGAGCGUACAUGAUGAACAAGGCGAAGCAUCCGCUUGGUGCCGGCGAGGGGUUGUCGAAGACAUUUUUCAAGACGCAUCGCGAAGUUGCUGGAUGGUUCAGUCUUUACGUCAACUUUAACACGGUCAUCGUAUUUCAUGCGGUGUGCUUCCACAUUUCGUGCGUGUGCGCAUUUGCUGAUGGUUUCGAUUGGGGAUAUGUGUGCACUGCCGCAGUUACGCACGCAGUUUUGAAGCUUAUUUGCGAGUUUGCCACCCUCUCCUUUCGCAACUUGAAACAGGAAUCCUUCGAAGAUUGGUUCGUUAUCGUCACGCGAUCGCUCGCGUUUAUCAUGAUUCCUUUAUUUUAUGGGUUGGAAAAGUCUUUCCACCCGGAUAGUAAAACACCAUACUUCCAAGCUCUGGCUGCUGUUUACGCCUUAGCCAUGUGUGGCGUCAUGACAUCGGUGAUCAAGAGAGAGCCCUACAUGGGCGGCAGUGCGCAGUUCGCAACACCGUUCCGCGAACGCUGCAUUUACUCCAUUUUCUGGAUAUUCGUGUUGGCCACAAAGUUGGCAUUUGGUCACUAUCUUCUUAUUCCUCCCUUGCGCGAGUCUGUGAAUGCAUUGCAACAUCCAGAUUUGUGCUGGAACAAGGAGUCUGAUACGUACACCUCGUGCAUCAACUUGGACGGCGACGCGUUGAAAAAUGCUUUGCACUUUGAGGCGAGAGAAAAGUACUUCUUGCAAGAUAUCACUAAAGAGGAAGAAUUGUUGGCUGAGCAGUUAGACCCGCUCGAUUACGACGACGACUACGAGGAAGAUAAAACUAUGCGUCGUCGUACUUUAUUAUCUGGUGCCGAUUCGGGAAGUUUUGAUCUCUCGGGAAAUAUCGGCAAGCUUGCCGCCAUCUUGGGUGGGGGCGAUAACAUCACGCCUCUCGCCUCAUUGGGCUACAUUGGUGAAGAAAUUGAAGGUGAAAUCCCGUCGAGUUACUACGAUGUGCACGCGAGUACCGUUUUGAUGUACCUCAUGACAGUAAUGCGCGUUUUACCGGCGUUGGUAACGUACUUUUGUGAUACCUUUGUUUGGUACACCGUGUACGCGACUGCCUUUACAAUUGCGCUUCAGUGGUGGGGUAAAAUUUCGCACGCGCAAAACUGGAGCUUCUUCUUGCGAAGCUUCUCGACUAUCCCGUAUCUCUUCUGCGACAAGUGCUUGAACAGAAAAUGGCCGAAGCCAGAGUUUGUCGUGCGUUCUGGCGAAGGGAGCCAGAAGAUGGCAGAGUCGGAUUCAGAAGACGACAUGGAGAACCCGAGCAAUAAAAUGCUAGGUAUGGCGAAAGGUUUGAGCGAUAAGCGAACAGGUAAAUCUGGUGGUGGUUACAGUGCGCACAUCGAUGAGAUGGACGAUGAUUCAAGAGCUGGCAGAGAUUCUUUGCUUACAAUCACGGAGAAAAUCGACGAAACGGACCCAAAUGCAUACGAAACCAACCCGGCGGACUUCUGCGCCGAUGCGCUUGACAUAAAGUGGCAACACUUUGGAAGAGCGUGGAAUGCAAUAGCGAAGAAUUUGCGCGAUCGUGACCUUCUCAGUGACGCUGAAUAUCACGACUUGUGCUUUACUUUUUUGUCUGGCCGUGACAUGUCGCAGAUUUUCCAUGCCCCGGAGUAUGUUAUCCUGCCGGCGAUGAUGACCUCCACUGUCUUUUCAACCGUGUCUUUCCAAACUGGCACUAUGAAGGCAUAUCCUGCAUUUUAUCGCACUAUGGUACAAACGAAAGAUUUGCUUGCGGUCUUGUUUACCGAUGCCUUGCGUUUAGUCGCUCCAAGAGACUUGGAGGACUUCAUGAAGAUCAUCGUAGAAAUCGCGCAAGUAGAAAACGAGCAAAUGCACCACCGCAAAACUGGAGAUAUCGAGAGCUACAUGGUUUUACGAGACGCUAUCAUUCGUUUGCUCCAGGAGUUGAAAGCGUGCGGUGUUGAUGUCGAAGCCGAAGGUGAAACGCCCGAUAGUGACUUUGACUCGGAAUCAGAUAACGAUGACGACGAUGAGGACAAGAUUGAAAGGCUCACAGCGGCUGGCGAAUUGGAAGAAGCUGAGCGCAUCAAAAAGGCAUUGGCGAGGAAAAGGUACAACCGCCAAAAACGCGAACUUCGUGAAAAAGAACUCGCCAGACAAGAGCAAAUGCUCGAAGCGAUGAACCUUGAGUUAAAGUAUGGAUGCACCGGAUUCUUUAGCAAGAAAACGAGGAAGAAGAUGCGCGAAAAAGGCGGCAGGUUUGCAUGCUUUGUGAUUGAAGAGAACAUCGAACUCACCGAAGCUGAAAAAGCGGCGUAUGAAGAGAUGAAACAAAAUGACGAAGAGCGCGAAGCUGAGCUCGCAGGUUCAAGCAAAAAGGCUCGAAAGACAAAGCGAAAGGAAGCGAAAAGGUAUAAAAACAUCACGCUUCCAGAGAAUUCAGACACGCGAGGUGAGCGUGUAGCGGAGGCUUUACAUGAUGUCUUGCUCGCGGUCAGGAAGAUUUGCGCAUUUGCCAUGGAGCGCGACUCUGGGAAAUGGUCGGCUCACGCCAAUCAAUACAAAUACAAAGUUUCGCAAUUGUAUUCAAAGUUACUCGAUAUGAUUCAAUCCGAUUUGUUGAGAGACAAGAACCACGUACAGGUUGUUGCAGCUUCGGCAGCGUCGCCGGAGAUGCACGAUAUCAUCGACGCUCUCUUGCGUUCGAUGAAUUCCAGUAACCCAGGUGGUCAGCCAAGAUCGGCUGAAGGGCAAAGACAACUUAUGUUUUUUGCAAACUCUUUACGUUUCACAGCUUUAAGAACACCAUCUGAUAUUCGAACGAUGCGUGGCUUCUCGGCGUUCACGCCUUAUUAUGCGGAGGAUGUUGCGUUUCAACGCCAUGAACUCACUGCGCACUUGGAGGAUGAAAAGACGCUCUUUUCGCUCAUCGUCGCAACGUUUCCGGACGAUUACGAAAACUUUAAAGAACGCGUGAAAGCUUUGCACAAAGACGACGAGACUAUUCUUGACGAGCACUGGGACGAGGCACAAAGGUGGGCAUCUGAUCGUUCGCAGACGUUGGGAAGGUGCAUUCGAGGUGUGUGCUUGUACGGGGAUGCUUUGCGUUUGCAAGCGCGCGCAGAAGGGAUACCAGAAGAAUCCAUCGAACGGUUAGUUUCACAUAAGUUCGAAUACGUCGUUACGUGUCAGGUGUUCGGGCGCAUGCGUCAGGCUGCACCCGGAACGAUGGAUCGGGCGAAAGCGACGGAGAUUGAACGAUUGAUCAAAUCCCAUCGCGACUUGAAGGUGUGCUUCGUAGACAUGCCGCGCCAAAACGCUCAAGAAGAUGAGAAAAACUUCAACGGCUUUGCUUCGUGCUUAGUGGGUAUAGACGAAGAAAACCAGGGUAACUUGCAACUCACGUAUAAAGUCAGACUGCCCGGUGACCCGAUUAUCGGAGAAGGUAAACCGGAGAACCAGAACCAUGCGAUUAUCUUCACGCGAGGUUCCUACUUGCAAACUUUGGAUAUGAACCAAGAUAACUACAUGGGUGAAUCUUUCAAGAUUCGUAACUUGAUGGAUGUUUUUCGCGACGACGUCGUCUUGGUCGGGUUUCCUGAGGUAAUCUUCUCAGAAACGCAUGGUGCCGUGGCGCAAUUCGCCGCAAUUUCUGAGUUCAUUUUCCAAACCUUUCAGCGGUUCAUGACGUGGCCGUUGAUGGUACGCUUUCACUACGGUCACCCUGACGUUUGGGACAAAGCAUUCGCGUGCACCAACGGAGGCGUCUCGAAAGCUUCAAAGAUGAUUCACGUCGCCGAGGAUUUCUUCGGCGGUGUUAAUGCCAUCGCCCGAGGCGGUAAGGUAUUGUUUGAGGAAUUCAUCGAGUGCGGCAAAGGACGAGAUAUGGGUUUUACCUCUGUUAACGGUUUCGAACAAAAGAUUUCCGGUUCCGCCGGUACAAUUUCCAUGUCGAGAGAUUUGUUCAGACUUCAUCGCGGGCUAGAUUUCUUCAGAAUUUUUUCAUUGUACUUCUCCGGACCUGGUUUCUACGUCUCAGUCAUGCAAACUGCGUGGGCGGUUUACUUCUUUGCCUUGACGCACGCGAGUUUAGCCAUUGCGGAUUUGGAAUUGUACCGUGUCUAUCGUUACUUUAAAAUGACAGAGACGCAAACUACCUUAUCUCUUUCAAAGGAAGAGGGCGGUUAUUACAACUCAAUCUACGCGUUACAGAUUGGUUUGCUCACGCUUCUUCCGUUACUGAUGAAAAUGAUCAUGGAUCGAGGCUUCCGCGCCGGCGUGGAGUACACUCUAGAAACGCAGCUCGCCGGAUCGUGGGCGUUCAACGUUUUCACCAUGGCUACGAAAGGGUACAACUACAUGAGAUCGUUGAUCUUUGGUCAGGCUAUGUAUAUCGGUACCGAACGGGGUUACGUUUUAUCGAACGCCUCCAUGGUUGUCUUGUACGGUUUGUACGCCAAAUCGCACUUGUACCUCGGUUUCGAGGUUCUCUUUUAUCUCCUCUUGUUCCACGCGAACACGUCGGUGAAGAGUUCAAUUUUGUACGCCUGGUCGGUGUGGCCGUUUGCUAUUUGUCUCAUCAUUGCCCCGUGGUGGUUCUCUCCGCAAAGUUUGAAUCUCUAUUGGAUGCAACGUUCGUGGUUAGAUUGGAGAAAAUGGUUAGACGGUACGUUUGAUCAACCAAAAGUGUCGAGUGGUUCGUGGAACAAAUGGCACGCGGGCAUGUUGGAGAACUACCGCGAAAUGCUUUCUGUUUGGUACAAGUUCGGCGUCGUGUGCUUCUCUGCACUCGGCCGUUUUGUCUUGAUCUUUGUUCUCAUUGGUGCCUACCACGGUACCGAGCUCAUUGAAGGCUUCACGCAAGAUGAACAGUUUUCCUUGAACUGCAUCACCAUCGCCAUGGCGUCUGCUAUCAUGGGCGUCUUGAUGAUGCUCCAAAAAUUCUUGUUCUCCACGCGAUUGAUGGACCGAGAACAUCGUAAGAUGCAACCGGACGAACUUUGGAAAAUAUCAGUUAUUCGCGGCGGCGUUCGAUUCGCGUUUGUCAUCUUGUGGAUCGGUUUGUACGGCGCACUGUUAUACGAACACGUGCCAAACUUGUGGGUAUUCCGCCAACUCUUUUACGCCACGGUCGCAGCGAUUUGCGUCAACUCGGUCAUCAUCGAGUCCUUCAUUUUGAUCGGUAACUACCAAAUUGAGAACUCGCUAGACUUUUUGUUGAAAACGGGCCUCGACGCGGAGGGUAACCCUAUUCAACAGUCUGGAUGGAAACCUCGCGUGGCGUACGGGUAUCGUAACUCGUUGCAAGUGUGCAGAGACUACGGCGAUUUCUGGUACAAAGAAAUGGACAAGUUUUUGGGCGGGUGCAUUUUCGGCUUUUUGUUCUUCUUGAGUUUGCUCCCAGUGGCGUGGUUACAAACCACGCUCAUUUGGAACUCGUGCUUCUCAGACGUCAUGGCGACGAGAAACCGAGCGCAAGAGUUGACUACGGACACAACUGAAUAG